AUGAAUGUAACGAAAGAAAUUCAACGUAUUAAUUCCCAAGAAAUAGAACGUAAUAUCUCCGCGUCGGGAUCGUGGCAUGCACAAUAUAAAGAUUCCCCUUAUAUAUUUGUUGCAAACGUUCCCUUUGACUUGACAGAAGGUGAUUUAAUUGCAGUAUUUUCUCAAUAUGGAGAAAUUUUGGACAUACAACUAGCUCGUGAUAAAAGUACGGGCCAGUCUAAAGGAUUUGCUUUUUUGAAAUAUGAAGACCAAAGAAGUACUGUUCUAGCCGUUGACAAUUUGAAUAAUAUUCAAUUAUUAGGGCGUACGAUACGAGUAGAUCAUGCAAGUGCUGAGACGAAAGAUGGGCGGCGUAGGACGGGAAUGAAUGCCGCUCCACAAUCAAUCAAAGAUGAAGGAAAAUCAUCCGAUUCUGAUUCUGAAGAUGAGUUUGCUGAUAAAUUUGAUCCAGAUGAUCCAAUGAGAGAUUAUCUUAUCAAAAAAUUAAAAAAAGAAAAGAAAAAAGCAAAGAAGCGUGCAAAAAAAGAAAAGAAAGAAAAAAAGUCAAAUCGUUAA